GGGGGAGAUCAAAAGUCUAGCAUCUGCUGUUAUUACAAAUUCAACAAAGAACCCAACUGAUAGGUCUUUGAUCAGGAAAAAAUGCAAUUUUAGAGUUACAUGUGAUGGAUUCGAGGCUGUUAUUGGGUUACAUUCUGGAGGAUUACCAGAUGCAUGCAAAUCUAAGUGGAAUGAUAAAGUUGACAUGAUGGUCACAAUGCACAAUGUUUUAUUGCAGGAAGGCACUGAAAAUAAUGGCAUAGAUUGCACAGGUUUCAAAAAACUAUACACAAUUGGAGUACAUUCAUAUG